GAAGCGUGCUGCUGUUUUUCCAUUCGCUAUGCGGGGGAAGAUUAUCAUCCAUCCUCCUGUCCCUCCUCACUGGCGUCCAUAAGUAGCAUCGUUCACUCCUCCACUGCAUCACUCCAUCCUGCAGAGUAACACACUGACCCAGGGGUCCGAAUAAAAAGCGCGCGUCCAAGCCAACUCACUAUGUACUCCAGCAGAAGCGAGGGACCACGCAGAGGAAGGUCAUUCGACUCCAUGAACCUCGGCUUGUGUUUGGAAGAAAAGCAACUUAACAAUGAGAUGAACAAAUCAACCUUUUCUAAGAUCGAUGAAAACAAAGAUAACAAGAGUGUGUCUGGAGAAAAGGGUCGUGCAGCUAUAGUAUUCACACUGAAGAAUGAAGUCGGGGGGCUCGUCAAAGCACUGAAACUGUUCCAGGAAAACCACGUCAACCUUGUGCACAUCGAAUCCCGAAAGUCCAAGAGGCGCAACUCGGAGUUUGAGAUCUUGGUGGAUUGUGACAGUAACCGUGAGCAGCUCGGUGACGUCAUCCAGCUGCUGAGUAAACACGUCAACGUGCUCGAGCUGGACGCACCCGACAACCGCCUACCGGAAGAGAGCGAAAUGGAAAAUGUCCCCUGGUUCCCCAGGAAGAUCUCUGACCUGGAUAAGUGCGCGAACCGUGUGUUGAUGUAUGGCUCGGAUCUGGAUGCAGAUCACCCGGGAUUUAAGGACAACGUCUACCGCAAAAGGAGAAAAUAUUUUGCAGAUCUGGCUAUGAGUUACAAGCACGGAAACCCCAUUCCCCGAAUUGAGUUUACAGAGGAGGAGGUGAAGACAUGGGGGGUGGUGUUCCGAGAGCUCAAUAAUCUCUACCCCACUCACGCCUGCCGCGAGUAUCUGAAAAACUUACCUCUGCUCACCAAGUACUGUGGCUAUCGCGAGGACAACAUCCCACAGCUGGAGGACAUCUCAUGCUUCCUGAAAGAGCGUACAGGGUUCACCAUAAGACCAGUGGCAGGAUAUCUCUCCCCAAGAGACUUCCUGGCAGGACUGGCUUUCCGUGUGUUCCACUGCACACAGUACGUCCGUCAUAGCUCAGACCCUCUCUACACACCUGAACCGGACACGUGUCAUGAAUUGCUGGGUCACGUGCCUCUUCUGGCAGAGCCCAGCUUCGCACAGUUCAGUCAGGAGAUUGGACUUGCAUCACUUGGGGUAUCCGAUGAGGAAAUUCAGAAACUAGCCACUUGUUACUUCUUCACCGUGGAGUUUGGACUCUGUAAGCAGGAAGGGAAGCUGAGAGCAUAUGGUGCAGGCCUGCUGUCCUCCAUCAGUGAGCUAAAGCAUGCUUUGUCAGGGAACGCCUGCAUCAUGCCCUUUGACCCCAAAGUCACAUGCAAACAGGAGUGCAUUAUAACAACAUUCCAGGAGGUCUAUUUUAUAUCAGAGAGCUUCGAGGUGGCCAAAGUCCAAAUGAGGGAGUUUGCAAAGACAGUCAAGCGACCAUUUACGGUGCGUUAUAACCCCUACACUCAGAGUGUGGAUGUGCUGAAGGACACGACCAGCAUCAACUGUGUGGUGGAGGAGCUGAGACACGAGCUGGACAUCGUGGGAGACGCUCUGAACAGACUCAAUAAACACUCCGGCGUUUGAAUAACUGUUCCCGUAGAAAUAUAUAUUCCGCUUUAUAUCUUUAUAUAAGACUUUUCAAAAUGCUUCAGCAUUAUUAUAUUCUUUUCAAGGCAAUCACAGGAAAUUCCACGAGUUGUUGUUAACUAUGUGUGUAAAAAAAAGAAGAAGCAAAAGCCGUUAAAAUGACGCACCUUGCUGUUAAUUGUACUUUCAGUGUUGAAGGUUUAUGCAAGGAUAUUAAAGAAAAUGUAUUUUUCGUUGCACAUGACUAUUAUUUUCUCUCCGGACAUGUCAUUGUGAUAACGUUAUGGUGGCUCUGCUCAGAGUUAUGCGUUUGCGAUUACAGCUUUUUGUGUAAAAGUCAUUGAACUCCUUUGUGUAAUGAUAUUUUCUAUUCUUUAUUAUGAGCUUACUGUAUAUCUCAUAGCGUUCGUAUAAUUUUUUGGCUUUUUCUCUGUGAGGGAAAUGACGAGCAUGUGUAAUGUUUUGUCUCUGUGAACUCAAUUGAACCUGAUGAUUAUAUACUAUGUUCCUACAUUUAUAUAUGUUCUAUCUCGCAUUGCUGUUUGUCAUGUCUGAUCUCUUGUCUACUAAUACAGUCCGAGCUUGCACUCGUUUAGAAUGACAACUAUUUGUGUAAAUAUGUCAAUGUUAAUUUAAGGGUCAUUUUUACAAGUGAGUGUCAAGAAUGCUUAGCUAACCAAAUGAGUGAUGUAAAACAGUCCUUCUGCAAUACAAUGCAGGUUUUAAACUGCUAGAUGAAUGUGAAUUUAGUCGCGGAAGAGGUCAUUAAAUAAAAUUCCUUAUUUUUGUAACAAUGCCA